AUGUCAUCUAAACCAAACUUCCUCAUUAUCGUCGCAGACGACCUUGGAUUCACUGAUCUAAGCCCAUUCGGGGGUGAAAUUUCAACCCCGAACCUACAUAAGCUUGCAUUGGGAGGUUCAAGAUUUACGCAGUUCCACACGGCGUCGGCAUGCUCCCCAACGAGAUCAAUGCUAUUUUCGGGUACUGAUAACCAUCUAGCCGGGCUUGGCCAAAUGGCUGAAUUCGCCAGAGACUUUCCCGAUACGUUCGGUGGUAAACCCGGCUAUGAAGGGUACUUGAACGAUCGGGUUGCGGCUUUACCUGAGAUAUUAAAAGACGCUGGCUAUUACACGUUUAUUUCUGGAAAAUGGCAUCUGGGUCUAGAUAAGCCACAUUGGCCUGUCGAAAGAGGGUUUGAGAAGUCAUUCACCUUGCUUCCUGGUGCAGGUAACCAUUUCAAGUAUUUUCCUAGGGACAAAGCCGGAGGAACCCCUAUCAGUUUUAUGCGGUCAUUGUAUGUCGAAGACGACAAGGAACUAAACCCUGACGAUUUCCCUGAAGAUUUUUACAGCACUACUGUUUACACUGACAAGGCAUUGGAGUUCUUGCAGAGUGAGCAAAGAGCUGGUAGACCUUUUUUUGGAAGCAUGACAUAUACUGCUCCACACUGGCCGUACCAGGCUCCUCCAGAAAUCAUUGCUAAAUAUAGAGGCAAGUACGAUCACGGACCAGCGGUUUUGCGCCGCGAGCGGCUGAAGCGGGCCCUGGAGCUGGGGAUUAUUCCCGAUGGAAUUGAGCCACACCAGGUCGAGACUUCUCGUGACAAGGCUUGGAAAGACCUGACUGACGAGGAGAAGCGGUACGAGUCCCGUAUUAUGGAGAUCUACGCCGCCAUGGUGGAAGUCCUUGACACCAACGUUGGUAGACUGGUUGACCAGUUGGAGAAAACAGGCGAGCUGGAUAACACUUUUGUGCUGUUCAUGUCCGACAAUGGUGCUGAAGGUAUGCAAUUGGAAGCCAUGCCGUUGUGGGUCGAGAGAGUCGAGCAAUCCAUCAAGACGUACUACGACAACUCUUACGAGAACCUUGGAAAAAAGAACUCUUUCAUCUGGUACUCUGACCAAUGGGCACAGGCUGCUACUGCUCCGUCGUACAUGUUCAAGAUGUGGGCCUCGGAGGGAGGUAUUAGGUGUCCAUUGAUUGUUCGGUACCCAAAGGUGGGACUGCCUGCUGGAACAGUCAGUGACGAGUUCUCCACGGUGAUGGAUAUUCUGCCUACGGUUUUGGAAUUGGCCGGUGUUGAGCAUCCGGGAGCCGAGUUCCAUGGCCGUAAGGUGCACGUUCCUCGAGGAAAGUCUUGGGUGUCUUAUUUGAAAGGCGGUUCCAAGAUCCACGACGAGGAGACAGUUCACGGAUGGGAACUGUUUGGACAACAAGCUAUUCGGAAGGGCAAGUACAAGGCCCUGUAUGUUCCAGCUCCAUUGGGUCCGAACAGAUGGCAGCUAUUUGACCUGCUUGCCGAUCCGGGCGAGAUCCACGAUUUGUCUGAGCAGAAGCCGGACAAGUUGAAGGAGCUACAAGACCAUUGGGUCGAGUACGUUGCCGAGACUGGUCUGAUUGAGUGCUCUCCAGAAAUGUCUUCUUUGGCUGGAGGAGAAGAUUCCAAAAUUUAUCACCGUACAAAAAUUCCAGAGCUAGAUUAG